CCUCUGGGGCCCGUUGUGAACCUUGGUUAUGCUGCUUACGCGGGGAAUAGCACGACGCCGACUGGGAUAGCUGACGGACCAGUCACGUUCUUCGGGGGCAUACCUUACGCUCAGCCACCUCUAGGCAAUCUGCGAUUCAGAGCCCCUCAGCCUCUGGAUGAGAAUACGAAGAACGGUGGAUAUGUUCCAGUUACGGACGCCAGGAACUGGGGCCCUGCAUGCAUACAGCAACCUGCGGCAGUGGGAGCUGGCUCAGAAGAUUGUCUACUUCUCAACGUAUGGAAGCCCACUAACGCGGCUGCCGGCGCGAAUCUACCUGUGGUGGUAUACAUUUACACCACGCAAGGCUUCCCACUAUAUGACUGGGUCGCGGAACACCCGACGGGCAUAAUCGGUGUAUCGAUGGGUUACCGACUCAACGUACUGGGGUUCUUAUCCGGGAACGAAGUCUCAGCCAAUGGAGACGCCAACGCUGGUUUGCUAGACCAGCGCGCGGCUAUCGAGUGGGUGCAGAGGCAUAUCAGUCAAUUCGGAGGUGACCCCGAUGAGAUCACCAUCUCCGGCGAGAGUGCUGGCGGCGCCAGCGUUAUUAUGCAGAUCACUGCUUACGGAGGAACCCGGGGUGCCCCGUUCAAACGCGCCAUAGCCCAGUCCAUUGGUUAUGGAUACACAGCAAAUGCCUCGCUCCAGGAGGUGUUAUUUCAGAACGUCACGCGGGUAGCCGGAUGUCCCUCUUCCGGACCAGAGGCAAUGACUUGCCUGCGCUCCGCUUCAAUCGGCGCAAUAGUCGCUGCUGUCAACCACGUCCAGACUGGUCGCGUGGCCCCAGUGGUGGAUGGCUCAUUUAUACCUGAACUUCCCUCGCGUUUGGUCGCAUCAGGGAACUUUACCCCCGUGGAAUUCAUAGGUGGUCAUUGCUCGAAUGAUGGUAGGACGUUCGUCGGCGGCACGCCGAGCCAGUUCGUCACCGAUGCGGAUCUAGCGAGGCUUGUCUUCGCCAGGUGGCCGGGUGUGGUGAGUCUAGAUCUAUACUUGAAUAACGAAACAAUCCAGCAAGCUUUGCAACUUUACCCAUCACCUGACGUUCCUGGUAGUCCCUUUGCAACCCAAUACGACCGUGCAUGGACAAUGGCGCAAGAGAUCAUCUUUGGCUGCUUUGACUGGUACACGGAAACUGCUAUGAUCUCCAAGGGAGUCCAGAACGUAUUCGCAUUCAGGUGGAAUACUCCUGACGCUGUCUUGUAUGCCGCCGCACCUUACCAAGGCGUCAUGCACACGUCAGAUAUAUACUACCUCUUCGAUGGUGAGUCAAAAGGAUCUCUCAAUAGAACCAAUGCUGGCGCCAGUUUCACUCCCUUCAACAGUACCGAAAAACUCCUCUCGGCCCAAGCCAUCGCCUAUUGGACGUCUUUCGGAUCAUCGGGCAAUCCCUCGACAAGCAAGACAUCCUACUCGCCUGAUUGGACCUACUUCUCGAGCGGUGGACAAAACUACCGCAUGGUGCUGACGGAAGGAACGUCGCUCAACGGCACCGCCAGUGCGAUGGAGGUGUAUCCGUCCGCUGAGAUCGAGAGAUGUAAAUUCUGGAUGGAG